AUGAAUCAUCCAGUGAGAUAUUUACUACCAUCUGAUGGGUUCACAGCUGCACCUGGAUAUCAUCCAUCACCAAAUUUCAUACCGCAUGAGUUACCAGGAAGUACUACUAAUCGUGAACGUUUUAUACGUGAAGAAACAAAUUCAAUGAGAACUUUUGAAACUUAUAUGGAUAUUUCAUUAAAAUGUAACUUUAAAGUUUGGGGUGAAGCUGUUAGUCCAUAUGAUCGAGAACAACUGGCUCAUGAUAUUAAAAAAUUUAUGUCAUGUAUACCAAGACCAAUUAAUUUUGUUGAAGUUUCAAAAGUUAUAAUGAAAUUUGCAGAUCAAAAUUUAAGAGAUUCAAUUCAAAAAAGUCAAAUUCCAACAAUUUAUCAAUUCCCUAAUGAGGAAGAAUUAUGUACUCAUUUUUUUUAUUUAAUGAUUCCACGUCGCCAAGUUAGAAAAUGUGUUAAUGAAAAACAAAAGGAAAUUAUUUCUUUCCAACCUAUAAGAAAUGUCAAUGAUUUUAUUAAAUGGAAAGAAUUUAUGUUGAACUCUUCACAUUAUAUCAGUUUUGAAUUAACAAGAACUAUACUAGAUAUGAUUAUGGUCUCAGGAAUUUUUGAUUCUUUAAAUAUUGAUAAACAUUUAAUAGAUUUACAAUUAGAUCUCAGAAAUAUUGAUAAUUUGACUAUUAAACAAUUAGUCCAUAAAAUUGAAUAUUAUAUUUACCAAGAGAAUAUUUCAUUUGGUGAAUAUAAAACAACUUUUAACAAUCUACCCACAUCUCCAAUGAUAACAAGUGAUAUUAAUAAUCCAAACAAUUUCCAUUCUUCACCUUUUUAUAAACAACAACAAGAACAUUUGAUUUUUAACUACCACCACCAAGAACAAGAACAACAACAACAAGAAGAAAAAGAAAAUAUUGUAGUGAAAAAAGAACAAGUUGAAAUACCAGAAAGUGUAACGUUACCAAUUCAGUCACAAGAUGAAUUACAAUUAAGAACAGCUGAAAAUUUGGCUGUUAGUAUUUUAAAUCAACCUAUACAACCUCAAAUUUCCGAUAUACCAAAUAUGCAAGAAUCAUCAUCAGCAUCAUCACCUUUAUCUUCAUUACCAGAAUCUUCAAUUAGUCAUAUAACAGAAAGAAAUAGAAUUAAAAUACCUCAAAAUGCACCAAAUUAUCAAGGGAAAACACUUGUUGUUUUACCCCCAAACCCAAUUAUCAAUAAACCACCGCAAGUUCAAGAGCCAACACCGGAUCCUUCAUUACCUUUAGAAGAAUCUAAUGAUGAAGAAAACUUGAGAAAUUUAAUACCUUUAGCAUCGUUAAUGAAUUCAAGAAGUAUGACUAAAGACUCUUCACCAACUAGAAAAAGAACAUCUAAUUCUAAUUCACCAAGAAAAUCAAAAAUUCAAAAAUCAUCAAUUGAACCGGAACCAACAAAUCACGGUGAAAGCUUGACAAAUGUUGAGACAAAUGAUACGACAUCAACAGCCCAGGAAAGUACUAGCACUAUAACUAAUACUGCAACAACAACACAACCUUCACUAUCCAAUAAUAAAGAUUCAAAUUAUAAAGUAUCAUCAUCAAAUGAAAAUGUUUCAACUACAGCACCAAUUUUAAAUGAACAACCAGCUCCGACACAAACAGUUGUACCUUUAUUGAAAACGUUGGAUUAUGAAUCAAUCCAAGCUAUAACUAAAAUUACCAAGAAUAACACUCAAUAUUUUGUUUAUAUUGAACUUGAAAAUGGUCAAAGAGCAAGAGCUUUUAUAGAACUAUUUAGAUCAAUGAAUCCUAAAUUAUUCAAAAUGUUUUGUGAUAGAGGCCAAUUUGAAAUUGCUGCUAGACAUUUGAAACGUAUUGAAGAUCAAUACAUUGAAGCAGGAAACGAUUCAGAUGCUGAUUAUGAAGACGAUGAAGUGUCUGAUGAGUAA